CCGAGUCUUUCAAACUGGUGUCCUGUUGGUACUCACUCUUACUGUUUUAGUUUUGAUUAUUGACAAUCAACUCUGUGUAAAUGCAACAUUUAAACCAUUGUACAAGAUGAGUACUGUUGUGGGUGGUGGAUUUGAUGAUGGUCAAGAUGCUAAACAAGUUUGCCUUGCUCCAACCAAAGUCAAGUUUGAUAGAAAGAGUGAGAAUAUUUAUAUUUCAGAUAGAAUCAAUAAUAGAAUCAGAAAGUUGGAUGUGAUGAGUGGAAAGAUCAGCACUAUUGUUGGAAAUGAAUUUAUUGGAUUUUCAGGAGAUGGUCAAGCAGCAACUCUUGCUCAUAUCAAUAAUCCAGGAAAGGUUGAGGUCUCUUCAAAUAAUGAUAUUUACUUUGCUGACACUAACAAUCACAGAAUUAGAAAGGUAUUUGCCAAUGGAACGAUUUUAACCAUUGCUGGUUGUGGAGAAUUUGGUUUUGAUCUGGAAGAGAAAUCUCCAGUUCCUGCUCUAGAAGCCAAAAUCAAUUAUCCUAAAGCAGUUCUUCUCUCUUCUGAUGAAAAGAUAUUGUACAUUACAGAUACAGCUUCUCACAUGAUCAAAGCUCUUUCAUUCGAAACUGGUUUAGUUUCCAUUAUUGCUGGCUCUUUAUACCGUGAUAGUUCUCAAAACUCAACGAUUGUUCAAGGACCAAUCAGUUUGGCUUUGAGCCCUCUGACUAGUGAGGUUUAUUUUGUAGAUGAUGAUGGUAUUAAAAAGAUUACUAAUGAAGGAAAGAUCGAAAUGAUAACAAGAAAUUCUAAAUUUGGUGGAGAUGGAGGUCUAGCAAUCAAUGCUGGAGUUUCAGCUGUUGAUAUUGAGUUUUUGGGCACUAGUAAUACAUUGUUAAUUGCUGAUUACGGCAAUAAUCGAAUUAGAAUUAUUGGUACCAAUGGCUUUAUUGAAACCUAUGCUGGUAAUGGUAAUGUGACUUCAAGUAUUGAUGGCGAAAGAGCUUUAGAUUCUCCACUGACGGCUUUUGGAGUUUCCACAUCUAAUGAGGGUGAAGUUUAUUUUGCUGAUUAUGCCAGAGUUUCAGUUGUCACCAUUAAUGGCUUAAUCAAACACGUGGCUGGUAAUGGGAAAUUGCAAUAUUUGGGAGAUGGUAAUUUAGCAACCCAAAGUCAAUUAUUCAAGCCAAGAGGUGUUGCUGUUUCCACAAGUGGAGAGCUAUUUAUCAGCGAUUCUGCUCAAGAUACUAUUCGAAAAGUUUCUACUGAAGGUGUAAUUAAUACCAUUGCCGGUGGAACUUUUCCAUUGGGAGGUUAUAUUCAAGAUGGUGUUGACCCAUUGAAUACAUUCCUUAAUAAUCCAAGCGCUCUAGAAUUUUCAUCAAGUUCAGGAGAAUUGUUUCUUUCAGAUUCUCACAAUUUUAGAGUGAGAAAGAUUUCAAAGGAAAAUAUCAUUUCUACAAUCGCUAACCAUACCUCAAUCACCAGACCACACGGCAUUGCUCUUUAUAAUGACUUGGUUUAUGUGGCUGAUUCUCAAUCCAAUAGAGUGAUACGAGUUGAUAAGAAUGAUGGCUCUGUAACUCUGAUAGCAGGAAAUGGAACUGCUGGUUAUUCAGGAGAUGGAAGUUUGGCUACUCAAGCUCAAUUAUUCAAUGUUUCUGGAGUUACUGUUCUUCCUAAUGGUGAAGUUUUGAUUGCAGACACCAACAAUCAUAGAAUUCGUAAGGUCAACUUGGAGGGUAUUAUUCAAACAAUUGCUGGUACAGGAAUUCCCGGAUUUAAUGGUGAUAAUAUCCUCGCCACUAGUGCUCAAUUGAAUUCUCCAACUGACAUCGAAGUUUCUCCAGUUUCAGGUGAAAUUAUUAUUGUUGAUUCGAAUAAUCAUCGUAUCAGAAAGAUUGAUUCCUUUGGUAAUAUUUCUACAAUUGCAGGAACAGGUAUUGCAUCAUUGAGCUCACAUGGUAAACUUUCCAUCUAUGGAAGUCUUAACACUCCAACUACGCUUUCAAUUUCUGCUUUCAGUGGUCAUGUCUACAUUGCAGAUUACGAAAAUAGAAGAAUUAGAAAAUUGGAACAAUUUACUAUUGAAAAAUACAAUCUUCCAGUUCAAGAUGAUGGUGAAUUGAGAACCGAAACUAUCCAAGAUUCUACAAAUCUUAAAACAAUUAAUUAUGAUAAUAUUCAAAUUGAACCUCCAAAGGAAAGUUUAAAGAAUUCAGAGCUGAGUCUUGCCACUUCAGUUUACCAAGUCGACAGAAAUGGAAAAUUAACAUCUUUUGAAAAGUCUAUUAAGAGUGGAAUUGUCACUGUUGCAAUUUUGGAUUCUGAUUGUAAUGUUAUAGAAAAUCCAUUUACUUCUCCUCUCACAAUUACAUUCACUGAACUUGAUUUCAAUUCUACAUCAAACUAUUCCUGUAUUUCGUACAAUCAAGAAUCCAAAGAAUGGAAGAAUGAUGGCUCUGUCAAUGAAAUUUUAUCUCUUAAUUCAAAAUUAACAAUUUCAUGCAAAUUUAGCAAACUUUCAUCAUUUGCAAUAAUGGAAUCAAGUGGAGGACCUAGUCCAAUAAUAACUGCAACCUCUUCAAAUACUAAUACUUUCAGGGACGCUGGCUUGGGAACUGAUGCUAUUGUUGCCAUUGUUGUUUCCACUGUUGGUGGUGUAGCUUUGGUUGGAAUUAUUAUGGCUGUAAUUGUUGGAAUAUUGUUUAUUAUGAAGAGAAAGCAAAAUCUUUCCAAAAUUUGAAAUAUUUAAUUAAAAUUUUCCUUUAGUGUGUUUGUCUAA